AUGGAGGACCCUAACGGCUGGGAGAUCUACGCAUCUUCAAAGCAACUGGGCCGCAGCAACUGGAGAUCCGUCGCGGCUAGUCUCGGCCGCCAGCUGUCCACUACGCCCGAGCAUUUGUCCAGGGUCUUGUAUAUUCCCCGCCAUGACGGUACGACCUCGCAUCUGCCGUUAUACGAUGUUAGUUCCCAGUACUUCGAGGCGAUUGGUGAUGCGCCCAUCGGAUCUAGCAAAUACGCCGUUUGCUUGGGGUUGAUGAAGCGGCCCAAAGGCGACGGCACGGAUCACGUCCCUGUGGCGUAUAUCGUCAAUUUUACCGCAGGCGACAAGGACAAGGUCGUCGGGACGGUGGAGUAUCGUGUCCAGCCGGAUUCAACAGUGACGGAGAAUGCUGAGGUGGAGUUGACAAUCGGCAAUGCCGAUGAAGAAGCUUGCUCGAUCAAAAUAAACAGCGAUAGUGCACAGCCGAUUGAGCCAGUCACUGUCGGCGUUUCGUACCCCAUUCCGCCCUCAGAGACCAAAGUCGGGAAAGUUAAGCAUCCUUACUUUCAUUUCCGGAUGCCUUUCGAGUCGAAGAUUGCCCAGUUCGAGUGGCAAACCCAUCCAGUCGAGCAUGGGCCGCUGCGAUAUACCCUCGUUCGCAUGCCGGGCGAGGAAACCACGGAUGAGAGCAGCACUGAGCCCGAGGUCGACGUGCAUGCAAUCUACCACCACAUCGGGCUGGGCGUGUCGAUGAAUGUAUCGCAUAGCGAAGGCGUACUUCUGCUACCGCCGUGCACAGACCCCAAGUCCGAGGCGAUGAUUGUAGCGAGUGUGCUGGGGAUGCUCAGGCGAGUGCGUGGUCUGGAUGGAGAGAAAGGAAACAAAGAAGUGAAACACAAACGAUUUGGGUCGUUUACUUCCUUUGAGUUCUACGAUAGUAACCCCGCAUUUUGUUCUCCAAACUUUGUCUUUCCGGAUACCACUCUCGAUCUUGCCUCGUUUGCUCCCGACGCGUCAUUAUCAUUCUACGACGCCGACCCAUCUGCCUUUUUACCUUUACCCCCCAAUCUCGCUGGUUUCGGUGACCUGGACUAUGCAAGUCUGCCAACGGGGGCUUCUAGUUCGCCGUACGCCCCCGAUUCGCUUGACUUGUCUGCGAUUUCGACUCCUGUUGAUGUGAACGACUCUCUGCCGUUUUUGGACAUUGAUUCCUCGGGCACGGAUUCAGACACACAAAUCAAUCACGGCCAACUACCUCUGCUCAUGCCCGCCUCGAGACCACCACCCGUGUCCGUUACUGCGGCAUCGACCUCCAAGGACACGCCCAAAGAGACCCCGAACCGGGUCUCGAAGCGUCAGCUGAAUACCCUUGCUGCGCGGAGGUAUCGCCAACGACGGGUGGACCGGAUGAACGAGCUUGAGGCGGAACUGGAGAAGGUGAAGCGGGAGCGGGACGAGUUGAAGAUGCGGGUGUCGAAGCUGGAGGGGGAGACGGAUGCGUUAAGGGGGUUGUUGAAGAAUAAAGACAAGUAA